GAGUUAAUAAACUCUCUGCCGCACUGUUCCUGGAUCCUCCUUUCCUUCCUCUGUCUCGCCGCUUCAACAUCUCCUCAUAAGCUCCUACGGGGCCGUAGAACCUGUCGGAGUCCACUCUGCCCGCACGGUUCACGGACUGACUCUGGACAGCGCCUUGUCCCGGUGCCUGGGCUAGCUCGGGGCGAGAGCCAGAGGCUUUUAGAGGCACCGUGGCAAAACCCUGCUAACUUAAUCUCACAUCCAAGCUUCACACUGGGAAGAUGCUGCAAUAGCAAUUUUAUUUGUGUGUUCUGUAAUCGUAGAAAAGUGACAGAAGCAAGUAAUAUUCAACACCAUUUAAGCAGCUGACAUGCUACAGAUAAGAAUGAAAUUGCUUUGACUUCAGAAAAAUUUUAUUUUUUUAAGGCAUUAGGUCUAGAGUGAGCUAGUGAUAAAACAUUGAAAAAUAGAAAAAGAAACUGUCUAUAUGAUCUUUUCCUUCUAUUAAUUUCCCUUAAAUAAAUCUUAGUGCUAAUCAUCCUUCUGCAGCCCCAUGAUAACUACUGUUAUAUAGCUGAAGGCUUGGAGCUCUUGCACAGACACGGCUCCUAAAGGCUCAGAACCACUUGUUUUCUGGCAAGACACACUUUCACAUAAAUCUGUGCAAAUAGUCACUUGGAAUUAUAUCUUCACCUUCAUUUCUGCCACAGAUGGUUCCUCUAAUAGAAAGAUCAUAACGACGGCUUUUAGAAAAAAAUAUUCCUUUAAAUAAACAAAACAAAAUGAAACAAAAUAAAUCCACUCAACCCUGAAAAAAAAAAAGGUAAGAAUGUUGUGCUGUUUCUAACAGCUAGAUUAUCUCCCAUUUUUCCAGCUUUUCUGACUCAUCUGCCAGCAUCUUGCUUGGAGAAACCCUCCAUUGUCACCUCUUAUUUGUUAUCAGGUGCCACAUAAAUUUACUGUCAAACAUUGCCUCUUCAUCACAUCAAAUAACCCCAUCAGCUAGCAUGUCUUGGCACUUUUUUUACAGGUCUCUUCCUCGCUCUCUCCUUUGACCAAAUCACUCAUCACAUUAGUGUUAUUUUGGUUAUUUAAGUAUCAGCUCAGGUGCAGCAUGCCGGAAAACUGGGAUUCUAAAUGUUCUUUCUGUUCAGUCAUUUAUGGACAUCUACAAAGAACACCAGUACUCUCUUAGGAAGUGGGCAGGUUUGACUGGAAAUAUUGACAUUGUGGCAAUAUAUGACUCUCUCAAACAUCUUCUCAUGAUCUGUGAUUUAACCUUUCCUAGCAGCCAUCCUCCCAGCCAGUACCCUUCUGCAGGGUUUACCCAAUCUUCCUUGCUGUAAUAUCCCUUCCCCAUGGACUUGACAAAGGCAAUUAAAUGCUCAACUGUUCUAACAUGGACUGAGCUAUUGCGUUAAGGGUAACUCUGCUGGUUCAUCAUGUUCGCUAUACAACCUUUCCCCUUCCUUUCCUCUCAGAAUAACAAAUAGCCACAUUUUGUUGGUUUUUUUCUCUUCUUAUCAUAAAUCUGCUUCUGUGAAAGUGUGUUUGCUUAGGAAACAGUGUAUGUGGAAAACACCAAGGUGUAACAGUUGGUACAGAACAGUGCAGUUCUCAUUCUGCAUAUGGGUAUGUAAACUCAUUGAAAUGACACUAAAGAAGGGGGGAAAAUAGCCCAUUUUUUACCUAACUACCAAAAAAAGUAAUUAAAACCCUCUAGAAGAAUAUCACACAUUUUUUCAAUCACUAAUAUCAAAAAGAAAAAACCUGUAUUUAUCUCUUGACAUAUUAAUAGGAAUAAAGCAGUUUAAGAGGUAUUUUAACUCCACAGAAGAUGAAACUUAUGUUAUUUGCCUUAAGAAAAUGCUUUCUAAAAUUAUUGAAUAGAUUUCUUCUUUGGAAUUGUGCUAGAAACUGUGAGUCAAUUCUUCUCAUUUAAGAAUAAUGGAAGGAAUAAAUAAUUAAUUACACAUACAAUGUAGAGGUUUAUCCCACAAAUAAUGGCCUGUAAAGGAAACAGUUUAUUACAUUAGGGAAUCAAGUAAGCUACAAUUAGUCUAAUUGUUAAAACAUCCAGAGUAUUUUCUAGUUCUUCACCAGAGCUGCUUGUAAGGAGGUCUGAACCUUGCUUUACUGGAAAGCAUAUGGAUGAAAAAUUACACAUGUAACUAAUUUAGCUGAGAGAUCAGUGAUCUGUUCACCAGCACUUUUUGUGAGGAUAUACACUGUAUGAUUGUUUUCCAAACUGGGGAGGAAAAAUACCAAGGAUUCUUAGAAUGAUGUUUUAGCUAUUACCGAGAAUUUCAUCAGCAAAAUUGUAAGAUCAAACCCAAAUUACUAUCCAAAGAUAUUUUCAACAUUUUCAGCAGCACCACUCAAGGAUUUUCUCUGGCAUACCUCACCAAUAUGCUGUCAAGGCAGUAAGUAUACAGUUUACUUCAAAUAAGUCAUAUGAAUGUGAAGUUUGUGGUAAAAAAAAUUAAAGAAUAUUCAUUAGUAAUUGAGCCUCAGAAGAUAAUAAAGACUUUCAACUGUGAUGCUAUACUUUUCUUAAACCAAAAUUGGCACUGGCCAGCAGAAAGGUUUGUUUUGUAUUAAUGCAGUUCUUUAAAUGUAGUCUGCAUAAGCAAAGGGGAACAGUAAUCAUCACUUGCCAAAGAAUUUGAAUGCAGUUAUCAGUCAUUACUGGCCCUCUCUCCACCUCAAAAAAAAAUCCCAACAAAAAAACCCAAACCAAAUAAAAAAACCCAUCACAACAGAGUGCUUUAACCUCCAGCCUGCAGGAAUUUCAUCUGACAGAAGCCAGCUUCCUGAUGCCAGAGAACCACCCAUGAACACACUGCUGUGUAACAAACAAAUCCACAACAUGGUGUUUUCCUAAAUGCAGCCAGGAUAAGACUUAUCACAGACUAUAAAUCCACCACAGCCAAGCUGUUUUGAGUGUUGAGAGCUGCAGCCCCCAAGUUCUCGCACCAGUUUGCUAUCCAGGAGCCCACAGGUCUGGGCCAUGUGCCCCCACUCCCCCCACACCAGAAGCAGCAGUUCUUUGGACCAGAAUCUCCAAUAAGUAGUGUCAGAAGCACUCAAGUUGUCAAUUACUGACAUUCCAACCACAGCCUUCUUGGCAUCUAAAGCAUUAAAUACUUGAGUUAGGCUUCAGUGGGGUCUGCACUUAUAUUUUGGCAUUUUUCAAAAACGUGACAGGAGGAAGGAGAGGUUCUCUCAGCAGCUAAACAGGCAGAUGUAAGACCUGGAGGGUCAUGAGGACAACAGUGAAGUCCUAUCUGACAAUUCCCAGGAAAUUCCCUUCAUCACCCGGCCAGAGGCUAGCUGGGAGGAAUGUCUUUCAUUGUGUCUGCUGAAAGUCUGUUAUUCUGAACAAACUAAUCCACAUUCAUUGGACCAGGGAAGCAAGGCAUCACUUUGCAAUGCAACAAUUAAGGUCCCUAGCUGGGAGUAGGGAAAUUUAAAUUUCAAUCCCUAUUACAACACUGCUUUUCUAGACAAUUACCAUAUAAUAUUAAAGUACACAAGCAACCUUUAAGAGUCAGGAACAGAAACUGAGUUCCCUAAUAACCUAUUCAAAACCAUCCAUUACCCUGGAUACCAGCAGGACACAGACUUGGCCAUCCUGUGCUGCUGCAUUUUUACUGUUAUUGAUACUCAAGUUACCUGGUACUAUUUCAAAUUAUUUAUACCUGCUGCAAUCAUAUCUAUUAUUAAAGACAGACAUACAUUUAUCUUGGAGUAUGAAUGCAUCUGAAAGUAUCCUUCAGAGCCAUUUGUGGAGCCUGCUCCUGACGACUCCUAUUAACAAGAAACAAGGAAAGAAUAUAAAAAAGCUCUGUUAGUCCAUUUAUUCCCUUUCCCAAUAUUCACCUCUUGCUUUGGUGUCUCCAAUUCUUUCCCAUGCUUUAUUCCACUUUGGGCUCCAGGCUAUUUUCACCCUCAUCAUCCUUUGUCUUUCAUUUCUCUUCCUUAUUUAAGUGAUUAUGUCUUUCUCUUUUUUUCCUCAUUUACUUCUAUUUCAACAUUCAGUGACAUGAUCCUGCAGUAUUCCUCCUACAGUUAUAAAACUCAAAAAUGCAUGGACCAGAAGAGGUAAGGAAGAAAAUAAAAGGCAGUGAAGCAAAAGUCAUUAUCUCAUUAUUAUCUCUUAAAAAAAAAAUUGAAGUAUCUGGUUUUCAGUUUGAUUUUUUUUCUUGAUUGCUGUAUGAAAGGCCUAGACAAACAACCAAACCAGGAAAAAUGAAAGAGCCAUCAGAGUGGAAGGGUUGCAGUGAAUGCUGAAUGAACUGUGAUCUUUGGCAGGAUGAAGAUCAACACCACAAGCUUUCAGCUGUAGCGAUCCGUCGAUACUUUCCAGACCGUCCCCAGGGUGACAAAGACAGAGGCAUUUUUAAGUUGUAAUUGAGAUUAGCCUUGAUACAUACAGUUGGAGCCAUGCCUGUGAACUUUGCUAAAAGGCUGGCUAUGUAAACUAUCUAUCACUCAGUUUCACAUGAGCAGUAACCUAGUGACACCACAAAAAUCUCACUAUGUCUCUUGCUCCACACGUUCAGCCGCAGCAGCGGGCUCAUGCCAGGGUGCUUCAGCUGUGCUACUGAAGUGUUUGCCUCCCAAGGUCUGGAGCACCAUAUAGACUCUCCUGGGGUGCCCAAGUUUUGUACAAUGCUCAGCACUGUAGCCCAAAAAGCACUCUUGCUCUGAUCCAGCUUACUAGAUUUGCAGUCACGUGCUAACUGAAAACCCAUAAUAGUACUGACUCCAGCAUGCUUUGGAUGAAGCCCAUAAAGACACACAAGAUUGUUUUUCAUGGAUGGGAAUAAAAUAUUUUGUUUGUUUCUACUAAGCCAACCACAAUAAAUAGUUCUCUUUCGUGUGGUGAUGGAACAAAGCAAUCAUGCUGUAUUCCUUUUUUAAUUAUUAGGUUGAAAGAAGCAGUCUCUUCCUGGCAUGUUUAAUUCUGAAUCAUAUUCAUCACAUAUAUAAAUAGCCAGCAACUGUAUAUAGUAGAGAAGGGCAGAGAGGAAGGUCAGGGAAUUAGCUUGAUGUCAAGAAAGCAUUUCCUGUGGAGUCACCAAAUGUGUCCUGGAUACAGACUCCUAUGUUGGCAUACAGAGAGCCUGAUGGCUGCUGUGCCCUCAUGCACCAGACAUGCCAGGUGUCUCCAACCUUGCUGGCAUUUGGAAGCUUCUCUUCCCCAGAAAUCACAGAGGCAUAAUUUACUUCUUGCGGCUUGAUAAUGAUGAGCAAAAGAUUUUUCCUCUUUGCCUUAUGUUACGGGCAGUGCCGCCACUGUGAAGACACAACUUUAGUGCCAAAUCCCCAGCAGCUACUCCACUGGGUCAGGGAGACCACCACAAUAUGAACCUUCUCUCCUGAAACCUGAGUGGACAGAUCCUGGAGGGAAGUGCUGGCUCUGCUACCACUGAAAUUCAGGAUGUCGAGUCCAAAGAAGUGGCAGCAAGUAAUACCAUGGACAGAGUGCUAAAAAGAGUGACAGCAGAGUUAAAAGUUGUGGCCAGUCACUAAACUCACACACUUUCUAUCUGGUUUAUAAACCAGAUAGAAACAAGUUUAUAAAACACACUGCAUAAACACACACUUAGCCCAAGACUGUCAUUGCACAUCUUAGGCCAUCAAGAAAAUUAUGCGUGAACCUCCUGAGACUUUGCUGUAACCUGGACAUUGCUUUAGUGUUGCUACACACGGUUUCGCUAACCCCAGACCCACGGCAGCUCUCAGCGGACUUCACAGAAUCCUCGAGGUUGGAAGAGACCUUUAGGAUCAUCAAGUCCAACUAUCAACCUAGCGCUGCCACUGUAACCACGAAACCCUAUCACCAGGCACCGGAUCCAGACGCUUCUUAAGCAUCUCCAGGAGCGACGGCUCCACCGCCUCCCUGGGCAUCGCAAUAGGUUGCAGGAACUUCGCAGGAACAAACUUCUUUUCCACGCUCCGUCAUCGGGGACGGCCGCAGCGGGCACGGAGCGAGCGCGCCGCCUCCCGCAGAGCCCUGGGCGGGAGGGAUGGUAGCCCGGCACGGCGGGGCAGGGCGCUGCCGGCGGAAUGCGGCCCGGCCGGCCCCGGCGCUGCCCCGGGCGGGUGAUUUAGCCCGGCUCUCCAGCACCGGGGCAUCCCGGGCUUCUCAGCCCGCGCGCCGGCCGUGGAGCCACACGCGGUUUAGGAACUGAAACGAGACCAGGCAGGUUUUGUCGCCGUCGGUUGUGAGUUUAAAGCAGCGCACUUUGCCCGGCUGGAGCAAGGUCACUGCCUGCCCCGGCUCGGCCAGGGCCCGCCGAGCCCGCGCCCCCCUGGUCCCGCCGACAGCCCUCAGGAGGAGCGGCCGCCUCCCCGGUUGCCGCGGCCGGAUCCUCCUCCAUCCCGUGCGGUAUUUUUAGCCGCUGACCCAGUUACCCCGCUCGGCUACCUGCGCCUGUCUCCCCGCCCGGCCGGGCCCCCCCACCGACAAACGCACCGCCCAGGACCGGCGCGGCCAGCGCCAGAACAUUUGAAUCUUCUUGGGAAACAUGGAAACAAAGGACUGCUUUUUAAAUAUCUUUCAGGACAACUGACACAUUCCAGGGAAAAGCAGUUGGGCUUUUUUUCUGCCAAGUUCAGAAGAAUCUACAUUCUCUGGGGUUUUAAAGAACUAUAAAAUGAAAACGGUUUAAAAUUUAGCCUUCAAAAUGAGUGUUGGGAAGUCUGAUGACAAAGCACAGAAUGGCUUAAAGUCUUCCUUACUUAUAAGGGAUGAAAAUGGAAAUAGCUAUGCAUGUGACAGAGGUGCACCUUCCUCAGAGAGUUGUGCUGCCAAGAUACGUGGUAAUUCAGCUGACCAAAAUAUAGUGUCUGAGCAUGAAGGUGAUACCAUUUUGGAAAAUAAGGGUGACUUCAGAAGUCUUUUAAAACAGCAGUGUAUUCAAGUACUUGAUCUGCAGAAGACACCUGGUAAAUACUGCACAGGAGCUCCGUUAGGAGAUACAGAUGCUGCAUGCAAGUCUUCUGUGACUGAACAGACUUGUAGGUGUUCUUUCAGCUGUGGCUUGGAAGCAACGACAAGCUUAGUGAAAGGUGAUUUUGCUAUGGCAAAAAUGCAAAAUCAGAGUAUCAAACACUCAGUGCCUUACAGUCAGACUGACUCUAAGUCUGUGCUAACUCUUCCUGCUUCAGAGCAGAACAUGUGGUCCCUGAAAAAUGGCAGGGCAUGCUGCCAGCUGAGCACAUUGGAUGGUACUGUUACAGGUGAAAAUCUGAGAACUGAUCAAAAUGAUGACACGCAUCUGGGGGAAACAUUUAUCUCUUCUGAAGUAUGUAUUGGAGAGGAAUUUGAUAGAACCAGCCCAGAAAGAACACCUAAUUUCAUCUCUGCAGGUGUUGAACACUAUCAAAAAAACACUAACAAGACUGAUAAAGAAUCACUGGAAACAGAAGCACAGGCUGUAGAACUACCUGCUGGAUGUAUAGAUACUUAUGAGCAAGAUGCAUUAUCACCAUGUGUCGGGGUGCUCACUCUGCCACAACCAUGCAUUAGUAUUAAUGAGGAUGACAAAGUGAAAUCCAUGCAGAUUACUCCUUACCAUGAUGAAACUGUCAAAUCCAGUGCUGAAGCAUGCAUGGAUAGUCAUGUAAAUAGUGUGCACCUUCUCCCAGUAGAUCAAGUGGAUGGAGAACAAGUAUCAAACAAAACUAGUGAGCCUUUAACCAAAGAACAAGGUAUCUCUGUAAAUGCUGCUCUUCAGAAUAAGCACAACAUUCCUUCUGUAUCUUGCAGUGUUCCAAAAUUAAGGAAGACGGUUAUGCCUGAGCUGAAAUGCGAAGCAACUUUUGUGGUCUUCAGUCCAACAGCUGAUGAAAGCAGUUUAUGUACUUCAACUCCUAAGGAGCGAUCAAAAAAUAGGACUUUUUCUGUUUCAGCUUUGGAAGAACUUGGAGAAAAGUCUUCUAGACUAAGACCAAGUGAAGCAUUUGUAGGAGGGCAUAACAGAAGGUCCGGGCUUAAAGCUGGUUCAGAUCAAACUGCAAGAAAACCAAUGGGCAGGUCUCCUAUUGCAUCAACCAUAACCAAAGCAAAGAAAUCAGAGAUAGUUAGUUUUCCCAAACCUAAUUUCAAAAAUGUUAAGCCAAAGGUUGUGUCUAGAGCUGUGCUACAGCCAAGAGACAGUGCAGCAUUAAAACAGUCUCCCCAGUCCCCUCAACUAUCAUCUGUCUCCUCACCUUUAAGAGUUGGUUCCCCGAGGCAAUUGUCCUCUCCUAUAAAAGUGCUGAAAAAACCAGUAGAUCUAGCUAAAGAUACUAAGGUGGAAUUGCCUGUAAAUAAGUCCCAUAAGCUACAUGUUAACAAACACCUCUUCACUAGCCAAGUCGGACAUGCCACAGCACAUCCCAAAAAUGCUUCCCACAAGGCUUCAAAAACACCUGCGUUAAAGCAAAGUCCACAAGACAUUGACAAAGCAAGCACUACCCAUCCGGCGUGCUCCUUGGCUUCUGCUGUGCUUCCAGCAUCUGGAGAGAACUCGAAAGAGAUGCUAAACAAUAAAAUGGAAAGUUCAAACUCCUUAAUGAUGCCUUGUACUCAAAACAUCAACCUGACCAAUGGUGAAAAGGAGCAAAGCAGCAAUAUGGCAGUGCUUCUGGAAGCAACAUUGGUAAAAGAUAUGGCAAAUGAAACAUUUGAUGUGCACUCUGUUCCUUUGAUGCCUUCUGUGAAAGAUGGGGCAACACAAGGGAAAAACAUACCAAAGAAAGACCAAAUCAUGCUACGAAGUGUAUUAACUCCCAAGGUUAAAAUGGUGCCAUCUGUGUCGACCUUGAAGAGAGGAUGUGAAAAUAAAACUAUCAGCACUGUUAAAACCCCUUCUCAAAAAGAAGCUCUUCUGUCAUCAAGUUCCGGUGUAGGAUCUUUGCCAGGAGAGAAGCAUGCCUCAGUGAAAAAUUCUCCAGCCUCAUGGACUGGCUUUGGUAACUCCCUUGCCAAAUCCAAAGUGCCUGUCAAAAGAUCAGUGCUUGAAAGAACACCUAGCCUCUCAUCAGUCAGCAGUGCUCAGAGUGAGCAAAGUCUUUUCAGCACUAAUUCUGCAAGUUCCACAGUCAUCAGGAAUGGAGAAUGGCCUUCAAAACCAGCCUGCCAGAAUGGCACUUCAGGGCCUGUCCCUUUGAAAGCAUUACCAAGACCUAGAUUGCACUCACUGAGGUCAACUCCAAAAGGAGCCAAGACCAGGUCUGCUUCACUGAACCAGUGCACACCAAAAUCAUCUGGGCCUCUACACUUAGCAAGGAAAGUUGGUGAGACUAGAGGUACUCCUGGAAGAAAUGUACACCAAAGCCUAUCUUGUUUGGGUCCUGUUGACAAGGGCAAGCAGCGGAGUCCCAAGAGCUCGUGCAUACGGACUCAAGCCUCCACAGAUGCACGUUCACCUGGAGCUAAAGCAGCCGAGUUGACACAGUACAAAACAAAAUGUGAGACCCAAAGUGGAAUCAUCCUGCAGCUGAAAAAAUUCCUGACGUCCAGUAACCAGAAGUUCGAAGCAUUAACAGUUGUUAUCCAGCACCUGCAGUCUGAGAGGGAGGAAGCACUGAAGCAGCGGAAAGAGUUAUCUCAAGAACUAGUUAACCUUCGAGGAGAACUAGUAACCACUUCUGCAGCUUGUGAGAAAUUGGAAAGAGACAGGAAUGAACUGCAAGUUGCUUAUGAAGGGUUUUUGCAGAAGUUAAACCAGCAACAUCAUGAUGACUUAGCUGAGUUGGAGGAGAGACUUAAACAGUUUUACACUGCAGAAUGUGAGAAACUCCAAAGUAUCUGCAUUGAAGAAGCUGAAAAGUACAAAGCCCAACUCCAGGAGCAGGUGGACAAUUUAAAUACCACACAUGAAAGCUUUAAGUUGGAACUCAAAAACAGACACUCAGAAAAAGUAGAGGAGCUGAAAAAGGAGUAUGAAUCCUCUUUUUCAGAGCUCAAGAGUACCCAUGAAUCUGAAAGGAAGUUGCUUGAAGAUUCCUUUAAAGAGAAGCAGGAGUUGAUGGAGAAACAAAUUGAUGAACUGAAAAGUGAAAACAACUCCCUGAGUGAGAAGCUGAAAUUAGAAGAACAAAAACAAAUAGCCAAAGAAAAAGCCAAUCUUAAAAACCCACAGAUUAUGUACCUGGAACAGGAGCUGGAAAGUUUGAAAGCAGUGCUGGAGAUCAAGAAUGAGAAACUCCAUCAGCAGGACAUAAAGCUAAUGAAGAUGGAAAAGCUGGUGGAGAACAAUGCAAUCUUAAUGGAUAAAUUAAAGAAGAUUCAGCAAGAAAACGAGGAAUUGAAAGCUCGGAUGGACAAACACAUGGAGCUUUCAAGGCAACUUUCUACAGAGCAAGCUGUUUUACAGGAGUCACUAGAGAAAGAAUCAAAAGUAAACAAGCGCCUGUCAAUGGAAAAUGAAGAACUUUUGUGGAAGUUGCACAAUGGUGACCUAUGCAGCCCAAGAAAACUGUCUCCCAGUUCUUCAUCUGUGCCUCUUCAGUCCCCACGAAAUUCUGGUAACUUCUCUAGUCCUGCAGUGUCACCGAGAUGACAUCUCUUGAAAGAGGGGCCUGCAAUUCAUUCCUGAUCUGCAGAACCUUUCCUAACUUUAAUCACAGGAGCAAGAGCUAUAUUAGCCGCCUGUGACAACUAAACAUAACUGGAAACUAUUUGGUGCAAAAACAGCGAUAGGAGACUGUGAACGUGGGAGUAAGACAUUCACUCCUCCCAAAAAGACUUAGGACCUCUAUGGACAUCGUUGCACAAAGCACUUACAGAGCAAGAAAAGACUUGUUCAUUGCCUUUUCACCUAACCAUAAGAAGCUCAGGGGCUUAGAGAUAAAGAUCACAACCUUUAUAAUAUGUUCCUUAUCACCAACACUUUUUAAGGCCGUGUGUGUGCGCGUGUGCGUGUGCCGUGGAUGGAAUGGGUGUAACACACUGUGCGUGUGUCUAAUGCUGCCUUCUUUGCUGUGUACGUAAUAAAGGAUAAAAGCUGAGGACUAUACAUCGACAUGUACUUCCUUGAUACUGCUCUCACUAUGCAUGCUCAACAGAGGACCCUUGCCUGGGAAUGAGGAGAAACUGCCACUGCUACUGUGGGACAGUUUCCUUCCUCAUUCUGGCUGGUAAAAAAAUGGCACAAAGACCUUUGUCAAUGGACUCAUUAGUGUCUUGGCCAAGCUGAGUAUGCAACUUUGAAUUAAUUUUAAAAACUAAUUGAAUUGCAGCCAUAUUUUGCAGGGUGCAAUGGAUUUUGGGUUUCAAGUCAAUAGGGUUGUAGUCAGAACUACAGUAGCCCUCAAGGUCAGAAGUUCUUAGCUGACUUGCAGGUUUAGAAGCCUAGACCUAGCAUCUUAACCUGAAAAGGAAGCACUAAUUUCCCCAAAAUAGCAUGUCUGUUCCUGAGGAUAAACAAGAUGUAGAUUUGAAAGCCAAAGAGAAAAAUGCAGUAACUGUAACUAGGUGCAUUCCUAAUUCAGUUCUCAAGAAGAUUAAGUAAUUUGUGAAUUCCAAUGUAGCUGGUGACACACUUUGCCUUUUUUAAGCAUUAGCGGUUGUAUUAACUUUCCUCGGGGUUGGCUAAAUUCACCUGAGGAUGAGGUGGUAUCUGUGUAUUUUAUCUUACUAAUUCUGCCAUACUUUCCCUGUUAGAGUGCAGGAUACUGGUGUUUUGACAGUUCAUCAGGUGAAAAAUACUGUACAAGAGAUUCUGUAGAGUAGGGGAAAAAGUUGUCCUGGCUGCUGGAACUGGAGGAUGAGGGUAUCAGUGUUUCUGGAAAUACCACAUGCUGAAUUUUGGCUUCAACAGGGUAAUUGGAUAGCCUUGCUGGACCCUUGAUCAAACCUGUUAAGGUGACUGCUCUGUGCCCACUAAACCAGGUUCAGCACCAGAUUAGUGUUAGAAAAUACUACUGAUGCUUACAGUAGCUUGGGCUUCACAGUAGGGCCAGGACAUUGUUACACUGCUGGUGAGCUGAUGCUGGUAGCUGGCUGAGUUUCCCUGUCUCUUUCAGUACCUUGGGGACAGGAAUCAAGGGCAUGAGAAAGCAUUUAGGGAACUCAACUGGAGAACCACUUCAAAUUAUUUUACCUAAGAUUUCCAAAAUCUUGGCUAGUAAUGAGGAACACAGACAGAGAAACAAGACUGUUAACAGUACUUAAACAGUAAGUAAAUUUAUAACAUAUUUAAACCUGUGAUUGACUGUUUCAUCAUUAAAUUUACUUAAACCUCUCAUAAUGUACAAGUUAAGGUGCAAUUUCUAGGGAAUAUUAUGCUUUCUUUUAAUCCUUUCUAGGGCACUGUACAUACCACUUGCUAGUGGUUUCAGUACUUAAAAUGUUUACUAGGAGGUUCAAAUUUAACUAUGAAAAUCCUAUGUUGGCUACAACUUGGCUUUAAGUAUGUCUUGGAACAUUCUUACUUUCUAUAGUCAAAGAGAUUUGAUUGCAUGUAUUUGAGCUGAAUGCUUUACAAUAAAUUUUUUGUACCGAGUGAAGGAUUUUUCUUCUGCUUGUGUUAGUCAAAGGAUCUUUAGUCUAAGGAGGAACAUUUUUCUAGCUACUAAAAUCUCUUACUAUCUGCUCAGCACAGCAAAACAGCAAUGGUGAAGCUUCACAGCACAAAUUAUUCAUGUUCAGCUAAUCCUUAUGAAAUUUUUCCCUUGUUACUCCACUCGUGGGUAGAAGGUAAAGAUAUAAGGAGACAAAGAUCUAUGGAGCUUGCUUGUGAUUCUUCAGAACAUUCUGUGUGUGAGAAAAGCCACAGUUAGAAGUUAGCAGUGUAACAGGUCCUGUCACAAGGACGCUUACCUAGCCACCAGGAAGAACUUCACUACUUUAGCUGCAGUGCAAUGCCUCAAACGAAACAUGCAAAGCAGAGUGCACACAAAUGUUGGAGGGUCAAAUAGGGCACAGCCCUUCCUGUAGCAGGAGCAGGGAAAGCUUUUCCAGGCUGCUGUACAGAAAAGUAAGUAUGGUACAGUAGAUAAUACAGAGACUGUUAAUUUGUUGAUAAUUUACCUCCACAAUACAGGAGACUCGUCAUGUUUAAACUGCUUGCAAGUAGACUCUUUAAUGCUUUUAUGAACAAAUGAAGACUGCUUGUAUGUAGAAAUCAGAUUACAGAAAUACCUGUUUAGUGUUUGUCCUGUUGGUCUCAACAAAUUAAAUAAUCCUGCUAAUCUGUAAAUACUGUUUCAAUGUUUUUCUCCGAGUAUGAGUAUUUCAAGCUUUAACUUAGGUACCAUGUGUUAGUAUAAGGCUUUGUUCAAUUCAGUAACUUUUACAUAUAUUUAGGUUUUCUCUUCAGCAUAAGGUUUCCUUCAGGAAAAGCUAGAAACCUGCUUACCAUCAUCAUAGGCCAAAGAUCAAGCAAUUGAACAAGUGAUUUUCUUCAGAUAUGCAACUUUACUCUCAGUUCCAACUCAAAUGAUAAGUUUCAGAGGAAGCUACGGUGACAUUUAACAGCUGCACCAUUCCGUUUGUUGCCAUUCAAACUAUUCACAGUAUGGUUCACCUUCAAUACUUUUCCCAAAAGGUCACUGUAUGAGUUGCACUGUAUUUUCUAUAAAAUUUGAGGUGAAUCAUUUCCUUGAGCUAACUGAAGACUUGAUGUUUCUCAUUACUAACACCAAAGACACUUCCAUGUAAACUGGUAUCAUGCAAUUCGUGCAGGAAAUUCCUCUAGACAGUAACCAACCCCUGAUCUUGUCCAACAGCCAGGAAAUCAUUUAGGGCUGCAGCUAAAAAGGUCGUCAUAAAGUUGAAAUAACCACUGAACCCUUAGGAAAAAAAUACCUUCUGACCAUUGCUGCUGCCUUGCCUUAGAAGAGCAAUGACACAGGUAUGGAAAUGGAAAUAACAGCACUGGCAGCUUUAGGCAUGUAACUUUGACAAGUCACUUACAUUUCAUUUCCAGGGCUUCCUUCUCUUACCCUGUCACUGUUCAUUUAGGUGGAAAUGUGCAGUUAACUGUGGCAAUGGAACAUCAGCUCUGCCCAGGAGGCUUUUGGUAAAAUAAAAACUAUGUAAAGUACAUAGGAAAAGAAUUCUCAUAGUUUUCAAUUACAAGAAUUGUUUUGAUGCUUGGUGGGAGGACAAGGACCAAAACUCUUCCUUACAGGCACUGCUUCUGUACCAGUCUUGAGACCUGCAAGUGAGGGUUACACAUAACCAUUACACCUCAGGGGAAUACUCGAGCAAGAGAUUUAAACCAUCCUUUCCUCUCCUGCCAAACUGUCAUCAAGGAAGUGGAGCCUCCACUGUGCUGUUGAACCAGUGUGGGCAGGUGACAUGAUCUCCCACUUCCCAGAUACUCUGAAGGAAAUCAAGUGUUGAAUUACAGGCUCAAAUGCGCUUUGAAAUUCAAAAGGCUGGCACAACUCCUUUAGUUCAAUGGGAAAGACAUUGUUUGAGAAAUGAAAAUGCUAAAAAGGAAUUAACACAUUGCACAGCCUCAUCUAGAAGCUCAAGCAUUGUUAAUUUGGUCAUAAUAAAAAAAAAAACCCCACAUGGUACAAGGACAUUUUUCCCCUAAAAAAACAGUACAAAGACCUUUUUUAGGUAUUACUAAGAAAUUAUAAUCUACUUUGUCCUUUGGAUUGCAGUGUGAUCUCGAUACAGAUUAACCUUGCCUCUUAAACCUUCAAAGUUAGUUCUACAGCAUGCUGGGUUUUUUUUUUUGGUUGGGUUUUUUUUGGGGAGGGGGUUUGUUGUUGUUGGUUUUUUGUUUGUUUGUAUGUUUGUUUGUUGUUGUUGUGUUUGGUUUGUUGUUUUUUUUUAAGAUAAUCUGAUUUUCAGAGGCCACAGAUGAAAAAGCUGUUGGGGAAUGUUCUCCAUGUAGCUUAUUUCAUGAGACCUGCAUGGAACCAUUUCAGUCUUUAUCACGGGUAUUUCUCUUACAAGUUAAAUUGGUUUAGGUUCCUGCAGGCUGAAGAAAAGGCAUUCAGCAAGCUUGUUUAAUGUUUUCAUUAGCUACACUACUGAUCAGAUCAUUGGCUUCACUGGGAAGCACUUAGAGCUGUCACCAUUGCAAACAGUCCUGCACACAUCUGCUCAAAGGUCUGGAAUAUCUAGAGCACAGGGUUACCUCAGACCUUCAGAAGAAGAAAGCUCCAGGAAUUCCAGUCAAAUGCAGGCUGAGACAGAGGGAAAUGUGCGACCAAGGGACCAGUUCCUGCUUUGCUUCCUUGUACGUUCAGAAUAAGCUGGUUUGCACUUGCCUUGUAAAUAAAAUGGCUUCCAUUAAAUUUGUUUUUGUUAUUUCACUACUAAGGAGGAGAUCUAUAUUGAAAGUUCUGGCUCACAUAAAGUUGAUGCUUGAGACUUAAAAAAAAAAAAAAGCCAAAAUGUCCUACAAUGUUGUUACCAAGUUCUUACCUUCUCCUCUGGCAAGUUCUUUCCUUGUACUGGUAACUGAACCCAGGGUGAGAGAAGCAGUGGCUUAUUUAUCCAGAUAUAGUUCUGUGUGAAUGAAAAUAUCUUUCCUUUUCUCCUAAGUAAAUACAAUGAAGUUGAACUUGUUAUUAACCUAAGAAGAAAUGAUGCUGUAAAACUGAACAUUUUUUACUUUGCCUUUUUUUUCAUCUGUAAAUGUUAAUGUAUAAAUAAAUGCGAGUUCUACCUUUAGCAA